CUUGCUCUAACUGUGGAAGUCUGUAAAACAAAUUAUGUUUUGUCUUUGUAGGAAUAGUGAAGGCUUAAAAAAGGUCAUAUGAAACACUGAAUAUCAGUGUUUUGUGACUCUCUUUCAUUUGUUGUGGUAAGUGAAGCUAAGCAUUUCACUUAAGCACCAAAAACAUUCAGGAUUCAGACUGAGAGGUCCCAGAAUAACCUGGUCUCACACCCUGCUUUGAGCAGGCGUGGUGGAUCAAGUAUCUCCAGAAGGUCCUGACCAAUCAGACUCUUCUGUGAUUCAAAAGUCUAAGUUAAUGCCACCUAAACUAUCAUAAGAAAUUGCACAGGAAAGUUGCCAGCUACUAGCUGUCAGCUGGAAACCACUAUGGUUCACAGUAGCUUUGAUUUGGAUGAGGAGGGGAAUUUUGGCCCUCGUUGAGAGUUAUUUUUGAUCAUUGAGCCAACUGGAUCCUUAACCUAAAGUGUAUCCUCACCUCCUAAGCUUUAUUAGGUCCUUCCCAAACCAGCUAGCCUGUGUGCUUGCCUGCCUCUGUUCAGAAACAUCCUGGUGUUCCGAUAAUGUGCCAUGCUUUUAAUUUGUAAAAUCAAAGCCAAACAAGUAUUUCAUAUCUGCCUUGCUGGUUGGUUCUGUGUCUGGCCAGUUCUCACCCACAAUCCCCGCUCCUUCCCUGCCUCCUCCACUGGCACAGGUGGGAAAGUACUCAGUGACUCAAUCAGCCUGUGGUGAACUGUGAAAAUCCUCAGUGCUCUCAGUGGCCUGAACAAAGAACAUUUUCAAAUUCCUCUGAGUUUUGCAAAGAGGUAGGUUAGAUCAGUGAUUGCUGGAUGUCAUUUCACACGCUUCUUUUGAAUUAAUGUAAAAUGACAAGUGAAAAUCAAUUACAUUCACAAAGGAGUAAUAUUGAUAUGAUUGACGAAAUGAUUUUCCUGGUCUUGGAAUGAGGCACAGAUUUUGUACCCUUGAGUAGGAUUUAGUCUCUGAAUUUUAGUCAUCCAAAAGUCAUUUAACUACUCUGAAUCAUCUUUCCUUUUUCUAGAGUUAAUGGAGAGAAAAUGUAAUCUUGAGUAAACACUAUAUCCCAGUUUGCUUGGAUAGGAUGAGAUGCCUGUUGAUGUGCUUAGCAUGAGGGAGCCCAGAGAGCUGGCUCAAAUGUGAGUGUUCUCAAAUCUGGAGUCACGUGAAACGGAGCCCACCGAAAGAAAUCACAGUUGACAACCAGGCUUAAGGUGCAAACCCACCAGAGAAGUGUCAUGUAAUUGUGGGCAACUCCAUAGCAUCAUCACCAAAAAUCUUCCUGUGAGAUUUAGUAAAGUCUAAAACUGUAGGAUUAAAAAAAUAUUUGAAAGAGCAAAGGGAAUUGAUAUGUGAAAAGAGGAGAGCGGUUCUGGCACACUGCAACAGAGAUCGAAUUUUUGAAUCCACCCCUUCUGCUACCUCCACCCCCAAAAUCUGAAAACUUCCUGAUUUGUGUUCAUCAAUAAUUAAGAGCCCAUCAGCAAUACUCAGAGGGAGCUUGCAUUGCACUUCUGAGCAGCCAGUUAGUAAUAUACGGUGGAGAGAUCCUCUUUUUCAAAUCCCAAGGCUCCAGGCCAUGCAAUGCUAGUAUUGCAUUUUCAAUUAGCUUCUGAGUGAAUGCUUGGCAUAUGUGGAAGUGAGCUGGUACACAAUUAGCUUAUUGUUCCUUUCAGCUUUCUGCUGAGAGGAUCUGAAGGGCUGCUGAAGAGAGGGGAGAGGGGAAAAAAAAAAAGAAAACAGCCAAGCCAGUGGCAUCUCUGUGGAUGUGGAACAAGGGAGUCGCUCGGCUGGCGCAGAUUCCCGGGCUAAGUCGGGAGUUACAGCUGUUCCUGCGGAGCUAGCCGGGCCGUGGGGACGGCGCCGGGGCACAGGCACACACCAGGCUCCAGCUCUUCUCUCGUCUGGCUCACCUCAGCAUCACCAUGGAGCCCAACAGCCCCAAAAAAAUACAGUUUGCUGUGCCCCUAUUUCAGAGCCAAAUAGAUCCCGAGGCAGCUGAGCAGAUCAGGAAAAGAAGGCCUACCCCAGCAUCACUCGUCAUCAUGAAUGAGCACAUGCCCCCGGAAAAAGACGAGAAGAGAACAAACAUCUCACAGGCAGAGUCGCAGAGCGCCUCUCCCAAGCAGAGGAAGCAGAGCGUCUUCACCCCGCCUGCCCUCAAAGGGAUUAAGCAUCUGAAGAGUCAGACUGAGUCAGUGUUUCCAGAAGAAGAAGAGGGACUUGGCGAGCGGGAAGAGGAGUGGGGCCAUUAGCCAGCACGGAGCUGCCCCAAGCCCAGAGCCCCUGCCCUGCCCUCGGCCCCGCCGUGUCCUGUCCCCACCGGGGGCUCUGCACACGUGUCCUGUGGCCCUUCUGCCCCGAGACAAAACUGUUAUUUUAAAGUCAUUUUUUUCUUUUAUUUUCUAUGACUUAGAAAUGUAAUUUGCAAAUGUGUUGGCUCCCUGACGUCAGUACUGCCAGAGCUUAACUGCUGCGUGUGAGCUGUAUCUGAGGCUUAUUGUAAAUAAAAGUGAUUUAAAAGGUACAAAAUAAAUAAUACAUUAAUUUAGACAAGAUUGUUGUACAGAAGGUUUGUCUUGCUACAGAGAAAUGUUCAUAUAAAAUGAAAUGUUCAUAUGAACAUAUAAAAUGAAAUGUUCAUAUAUAAUAUGAAAAACAGGACAGGUGACAGCCUUCCUGCCCUGCCUAUAGCUCAAUCUGAGCCAAUGAGCAACAGCACUACAAGCUGCACAAAUUCACCUUGGGAAUGAGUCCCAGGGUUUUGGCUGAAUGGGUCAUACCAUCCUUUUUAUUUUUUGGACCAAAAAAACUCUAUGGCAUAAAAUGGAAUAAGGUGGAGGAGGGAAAAAAAUGUUUCUUCAAAGUCACACUUAACAGAUUAUUUUGAUUUUUCAAUCAAUGGUAAAUUUUUAAAUGAAUUCACUGUCAUUUUUUAUUAAUUGUUUGAUACAAAAGUUUUGUCUUCACUUCAACAUUCCACUGAUGCAAAUCUCUUUUAAAGGGCUGAGCUAGCAAAAAAACCCCCAAACAAACAAAAACCAACAAACAAACAAAAUAAUAAAAUCUAUUAAAUAUAGGAAAACACAGAGCCUUUUGUCUAUGCCUUGCAUGGUGAUUUGACUGAUUUCACAAGCUGAGGUCUUCCACAAAGACCUGCUGAGAACAGGAUCUGUCCACUAGUGUUUCUUUAUAUUUAAGAGCCCUUUUUUUCCUCUCUCUGUAUCUCUGCAUCCUGCCCUCUUUGGUUCCAUUUUCUGUAGAAACACUGCAGACAGGAUCCACGACUCCAGCUCAGCAAGGGUGUGCAAGAAGGACUAAAGAAGGACUCUGCAAUUAUACAGGAGCCACUACAGGACUUACAGGACUGAGAGCUUUUUAUGUCCCCAACAACAAAAAUAAGGAAAUGAUCCUUCAGAAACUGUUUGAGUGGCCCCAGGUCAGGUGUGGAAUGGCAGCAAGAGGAGCUGGGCUCUGGUCCCAGCUCUGCCAUGGCUUUGCUUGCUCACAGCACCAGGCUCUUCACAACAUUGCUUUUUGCCACAGUGCUCCUAAGCUGCCCCAUUGCUGUUUAACCUCACACCAUCUCUCUGUGCUGCUAGCUAAUAAAGCACUUUGGAUAUUAAUGGCUUUUUCUGGUUAUUAGUACCCACGGGCUGCAGAUCAGAACUGUCUAGGACCUGUGAGCAAAUGAAAGCAUGGACAUGAUUUACAACACUGGAUAUCAGGACAAGGUAUUGAACACUGUGAGAUCUCAGCAUUUCAAAGGCAACACACAAAGCACCUGGUAGGAGCUUGGAGAAUUCAUCACUGAACCUGCUGUUUCAGGUUGACAGUUGGACUUGAGUAUAAUUGCACUUCAUAAAUAAUAGGGGAGAAAAACCCCACCCAGAUUUAGCUUGAACUGUAUUUGACUUUCAGAAUGGUAUAUGUUGUUUAUUCUCCAGGCGCAAAAUCAGAUAACACUUAAGUAGAUAUAAAGAGUCAAGAUUUAAAACUUCUUUCUAAAGCAUUCUAAAGUAUGCUUUCUAAAGUAUAGUUUCCACUGAAGUGAGAAGAAUUUUGCUUAAGAAAAACCAUAGAUUUUGGCUGAAACAUACUUACCUUUGGGGAAAUAUGAUGUGGACUGUACAGGAAAGCUUCUAUUAUCCUGGUAUCAAUUUAAUUACUGGAUUUCUUGCUUUUUUUUUUUUUUAAGAUUGUUAUAAAUUCUGCUAAAGUGUUCAAGGAUUUGCCCAUUGUCUUCUCAUAGCACCAUUAUUUCUCCCCAGUAAUGUAAACUGAAAAAUCACCAUUAGUUCUUGCACUGUUGGUGUUAUUUUAUCAAAAGUAUCACAUCCAACACUGGCUCUGAGGCAGGGCUGCAGGAGAGGUUCUGUUGCCUGUGCUUGGACAAAGGCCUCUCGUGGUGUCCAGGGUCCAGGCAGUCACUAAGGAAGGGACUCCAGCUCAUCUGCGCUUCCUGUAACAUCAAGGGCCAGCCUGGUGGUGGUUUUCACUCUUUAAAAAAAGCAUUUCUUUUACUCCAGGAGGUGAAGCAUUGGGUGGCUCUCUCCAGAGCUGGCCUGGGUAGGCUGUGAUGGUUGGGGAGGGACCCAAGCAGGGCUGGUGCAGGCUGCAGGUCUGCUUUUGUACAGCUGGCACCGUACAACAAAAUGUCCUGCUUGGUGCAGGGCUCUCCUCCUCAUUUCUUUUCUUUUGAGACAAGUUGUUGUUUUUUGGUUUUUUUUUUCAUGAGAGACCUUAUUCCUGCAGAAAAUAAGGCUUUGUCUGUCCACUAACCCUGGGGGGACAAUGUAAGGGCACAUUUAAAACAUGCUGUCCCUCAAACUCCCCUUUCUCCCUCUCCUAUUGCAGCCAUGUUAGCACCCAGGCCCACAGAUGUUCUUUUUUCAUUCUUUUUAUUAUUUUUUCUAUAGCAGCUCAGAGCAAGAGUGAGCUCCAGAAAGAGCCUCAGUUGUUCUGUUGAUUCCUGACAUGUGCAAUUACAUUUAACCUUUUCAUGCACAGCAUUAUACUUGGCAACUGAGCUGAUGCUAAAUGCCGUCUGCUUUGCCCUAUUCUCUCCUUUAUCCUCCUGUGAGGAUAGCAGCACUGGGAGCAAAUCUCAAGCAAGAUAUCUGUGCACCCUCUGCUAAACCUCAGGCUGUUUCAUCAAAGUGGGCUGAUGCAGUUUAUACAAGUUCAGUGUCUAUAUACUGCUGUAGAUUUUUUGUGGUUUUUAUUAAAUAAUCCGGGGGGAUUUGAGCAGAAAAAUUAUUUGGUAUUCUGCUAGGCCAUACCCACACUUUCAAUUUUGUAAUGAUUUAUUUGCCUAGUAUAUACUGACCCUUAGUGGUAAACUGAGAUUUUAAUUGCGUUUCCAAGUUUCUAAAUUUUGCUUUUCUCUUUGGCCCAACUGUUCAGAAAAUAGCAGGAAUAUUUGCUGUGCAGCAGGAUAGCCUAUCUAUGUAAAUAGCCCACAACAUCCUCAACAGACAUUAACAGGCAUGUGAAAAUAAUGAUGACAGGUGUUAUUAGCUCUUCUGAAGGGAGGGCUGUGGCAAGCAGGAGUGUCGAAAGGUUAUUCCAAAAUGCAAAACAAGAACGCUGGCAUUGAGAAGCAAUACUCUCCACAUAAUGAGAAACAAAUAAGAACUCAGUAUCUGGCACUAACGAACACCUCAAGCUAACUGUGGAAUGAGUAUUAAUUAGGUUUCCAAAAUAGCAUCUUUCUGAAAAGCAGCUGAGGUGUAAUAUUGCUCCUUAUUAAUCAAAGCAAUGGGACAAUGUGAACUCUGCAAAAAAUAAAUGGUUUGCAGAUGGCUGUGUGCAUCUUUAAUAAUGGCAGAAGAACACAAGUUACAGCUUUAAAUGCCAGGGACCCUUUCUGCAUCUUCUCCUUUUCAGAGAGCGAUAUUUGCAGUUUUCAAGGCAGUGAGGAAAGUGUGUUGGUUUCUUAUUACAUUUUCCCUGCAGCAUAAAUUCUGUUGAUGUGCUUCCCUAAUCAUUCUAAUUACACUGCCAUAUGUUGCUCUCAUCUUUCUUUUUCUCUCCUAAUGGGACAUAGAUUCUCUCUUUUGAAUAUGUCAUUUGUUUAUUACAUUUAUCAAGGGUUUUAACAUUAUAUGGGACUUUUAAUUGCUUUUUUAAACACUCAGCAGAUUGAAUAUUAAAAACAGACAUGAAGGUCAACUAUAAAUAAUAUUUAAAUUGCUCAUGACAUUUUUAUUCUCUAAUUUACUGGAAAUAUCAACUCUGUAGUCAUGGUCCUGUAUCUACUAUUUACUUGAAACCACACACAUGUCCUCCAGAGAUACUUUGGCUGCAGUCACAGUUCUGCCCUAUCCCAGACCACCUUGUGCCUAGCAGAUUAGGAGUCCUGCCCAGGUGGGAACACUAAAAUAAAGAUGCAUCAUGUAUUAAAAUAUUUGACCCAAAUAUGCUGCCAUUAUUUCCAGUUGUGAAUUACUGCUGAACCCCAGACAAUAAAGGUGAAUGCUCAUUUCUGACAAGAAAAAUACAGUUCUCUCUCAAAGUCGAGCAGCCUCAAAGAUAAGGAAGCACAAUUUCAACACAAGAAUUCAAGAUGACCUAAAGUUAAAAAUGUGCUUUGUAAGAGACAUUAGAUCCUCAGCGUACCCCGCACUGCAGAAAACAAAAUCUGUGAGCCAGCUGAAUACAGAGAAAG